CUCUCACACUACCAUUUUCCAUUUCUUUUUCUUUUUUGAAAUUUUCUCUUCUCUCUUUCUCUCUUUUUCUCUCUGCGAAUACUGCAAAAACGAAUCACGUUCAUCGUUUUCCUACCUCUGCAAAAAUGGUAGUCGCUCAGAAGCUGAAGGAAGCUGAGAUUACCGAGCAGGACUCGCUUCUUCUGACUAGGAAUUUGCUCCGUAUUGCUAUCUUCAACAUCAGUUACAUCAGGGGGCUCUUCCCGGAGAAGUAUUUCAACGACAAAUCGGUUCCUGCUUUGGAUAUGAAGAUUAAGAAGCUAAUGCCUAUGGACGCUGAAUCACGGCGAUUAAUUGACUGGAUGGAGAAAGGUGUCUACGAUGCGCUGCAGAGGAAAUACUUGAAGACGCUCAUGUUCUGCAUAUGUGAGACAGUAGAUGGUCCGAUGAUUGAAGAAUAUGCUUUUUCUUUCAGCUAUUCGGAUACUGACAGCCAAGAAGUGAUGAUGAACAUCAAUCGUACUGGAAAUAAGAAACAUGGAGGAACUUUUAACUCGACUGCUGACAUUACCCCAAAUCAGAUGAGGAGUUCAGCUUGCAAAAUGGUUCGUACACUAGUUCAGUUGAUGAGGACUCUCGACAAAAUGCCAGAUGAGCGCACCAUAGUGAUGAAGCUUCUGUACUACGAUGAUGUGACGCCACCAGAUUACGAGCCACCUUUCUUCAGAGGCUGUACAGAAGAAGAAGCUCAGUAUGUAUGGACUAAGAACCCACUGAGAAUGGAAGUUGGGAAUGUUAAUAGCAAGCAUCUCGUGUUAACUUUAAAGGUAAAGAGCGUGCUUGAUCCUUGUGAGGAUGAAAAUGAUGACAUGCAAGAUGAUGGGAAGAGUACAGGACCUGAUUCUGUACAGGAUGACCAGCCUUCUGAUUCAGAUAGCGAGAUCAGUCAAACACAAGAAAACCAAUUCAUUGUAGCGGCAGUAGAGAAACAAGAUGAUGAUGAUGGGGAGGUCGAUGAAGAUGACACACAGGAUCCGGCUGAAAAUGAACAGCAGUUAGCAAGGGUGAAGGACUGGAUCAACUCCCGUCACCUUGAUACUUUGGAGCUCACUGAUGUUCUUUCAAACUUCCCAGAUAUCUCAGUAGUUCUAUCUGAAGAAAUCAUGGAUCAGCUCGAGAAAGAAGGUGUUCUUUUGAAGACGGGGAAGGACACGUACAUUAAAAACAGAGAUAAGACACCUGGGAGCGAAUUCACCUUUGUGAAAGAUGAAGCUGAUGGUCAAACUGCUCCAAAGGAUGGGAAACCUAUACCUCCUGAAGACUACAUGUACAUGAAAGCUCUGUACCAUUCUCUUCCGAUGAAAUAUGUGACCAUUCCAAAGCUCCACAACAUGCUGGACGGUGAAGCAAACCAGGCCGCUGUUCGUAAAUUAUUAGACAGGAUGACCCAAGACGGCUACGUGGAAGCUUCUAGCAACCGCAGGCUAGGGAAGCGUGUAAUUCAUUCUAGUCUAACCGAGAAGAAGCUAAAUGAAGUCAGAAAGGUUCUUGCCAUAGACGAUAUGGAUGUUGAUGUUAACGAAUCUCUAAACAAGACCAACAACCUACAGGCCAUUGUAACUGCAGAUGUAUCUACGUGUGGAGGCAUCCACUCCAUAGGAUCAGACUUCACACGUACUAAAGGAAGAUCAGGGUUUCAGCACAACAGCUCUGUUAUAAGCGAACAGACCAUCUCCAAAGCUAAUAACACUCCAACUAGCAUUAAGGCACAGCCUGUGGCUUCGAGGGAGAGCUUUGCGGUGAACGGAGUGGCUGGUAACAAAUGCAAAGACGCCGACACAAACUGUAGCCAAGCCUCACAGGAUCGACGUUGCAGGAAAACCAGCAUGGUGAGAGAGCCUAUUCUGCAGUACUCGAAGCGCCUGAAAUCUCAGGUUAAUUGAAGAUUCCUCUAUCAAGACACCACAAGCCCAACCACUUCCUCGGUGGUUAUGAUAUUAUCUAACAACUCAAUAAUCUUUAUACUCUCCUGAUACAUUACUUAUUUCCGCUUCAAACUGUAGUUUGAUAUUUUCAUGCUUAAGUAUUAUAUCUUUGUGGCUUUGGGG